AUGUCUGCUCGUGUGCUCGGCGUCGCGGCGUGCUUGCGCCGAGUUGCCCUGCCUGCGGCAGCGGCGCGCACAUCACGAAUUAUACGUCCCGCAGGUUUCAUCGCGGGACGCCGGUACGCCUCCGUGGGUGCGGCAACACCAGAAGCAGAGCCUGCGGCUGUCAAGACCAAGACGGGCCGGAAACCGUCGACCAGGGCCCUCGCGAAGCAACUCGAAUUCAUUACCGAUCCCUGGGUCCUGGGAAAGUAUAUCGAGGACUUGCUUGCCAAGGACAAGUUUGACGAUGCCCUGACUACGGUUGAGCUUGCAAGCAAGGACCUUGACACGGUAGUGUCCUGGAACCACCUCAUUGACUACUCGCUGAAGCAGCAGCAAAUAAAGAGGGCCAUGACUACCUACAACAACAUGAAAAAGCGCGCCCAAUUCCCCAACGCCCAAACCUACACCAUCAUGUUCCGCGGCCUCGCCAAGUCGAACCACCCCAAGAACGCCGUCGCCGAGGCUGUCAAGCUCUUCAACCAGCUCAAAAACGACCGCCGCCUGCAGCCCAACACGAUCCACCUCAACGCCGUGCUCAGCGUCUGCGCGCGCGCCCACGACAUUGACCAGCUCUUCCUCGUCGCCGGCGAGCUCGAGGAGCUGGGGCUCGCGCCGACCGCCGCCACCUACGGCGUCAUCCUCACCGGCAUGCGCCAGUACGUGUGGCGCGAGUACAACGACCUCGACAAGGAUACCAAGAAGGCCAACGUUGACAAGAUGAUCGCCCGCGGCCAGCAGAUCUGGGCUGAGGUGCUCGACAAGUGGCGCCGCGGCAAGCUGCGCCUCGAUGAACCGCUCGUCUGCACCAUGGGCCGUCUGCAGCUCCUCGCCACGGACCGCAAGGAGAAGCUCCGCGUCCUGGACCUCAUCGAGCAGACCAUGAAUAUCCCCAACUUGGUCGCUGCCAAAGGCGCGGCGAAGCCCUCUCCAGCCACCUCCUCACCGGAACCCUCGUCAGAGCGCCGCAUGUCGAGAGACUACCGCCGCUUAGACGCCUUUGUUCAGCCCGGCCAGAACACGCUCGCCCUCAUCCUCACCGCACUCCUCACCGGGCGGCAGGCCGGCGCCGCUCCGGCCUACUGGAACCUGCUCGUGCACGACGGCGGGCUGGUGCCCGACGACGACAACUGGCUGCGCAUGAUUGGCGUGCUCAAGUCAUCCCGGUCGAGCGCGCAGGCCGCGCAGGUCCUCGACACGCUGCCCGCAUCCGGCAUCGCCGUCGCCGCGCGCUCCUUUGGCAUCGCCAUGGAGGCCUGCGUCCGCGACAAUGUCAACCCGCACGUCAUGACGCACGCCACGCGCAUCCUGCGCACCAUGCGCGCCCGCCUCGCCCCGGCGUCGCCCGACAUGCACACCAUGCGCCUCUACCUGCGCGUUGCACUCGUCAGCCACGCCGCCUUCCGCGGACGCGCCGGCACCGGCGACGAGGUCGGCGCCAAGGCCGCGUACGGCCGGCAAAUCGCCACCGCCCUCGCCGAGCUCUGGCACCCCUACAUCGGGCUCUACAACAAGUACUUCAAGAGCGGGGCUGCCGCCGCCACCUCACCCACCACCACCGAUGCGGGCACCCUAUACAACAACCAAAAGGAGGUCAUCGCGCUCGGCCGCAUGAUGGUCGGCGCCUUCUCCAAGGUCGUCGAGGAGAAGAUGCUGCCCGGCAACGACAACCGCGACAUGAUCAUCGCCUCGGCCAAGAUCAACAAGGGCGUCACCGCCUUCUUCGCCGGCCGGGAGCUGCGCGAGCCCAAGCUCAACCCCAAGGCGACGGCGGCCCGGAAGCGCGAGGCGGCGGCGACUUACGGAGGGGAGAGCAGCAGCAGCAGCAGCAGCAGCAGCAGCAGGUCCGUGUUCGACAUUGACAUGCCGGCACUCGACGACAAGGUCGACGAGGCCGGCAUGCGCUCGCUCAAACUGCGGCAAGGCGGCGACUUUGUGUGGAACACGAGGAAGAUGGGGACAAGGGCGCAGGAGAAGCGGACAGGCACCGGGAGCAGGGACGAUGCCGACAAGCCGCUGAUUGAUCGAUGGGUCUCCCCUUCCAUUGGCAAGCUUCGGCCGGCAGAGCGGGAAGACGCGCCAACAGAGGUCUUCAUCCCCAUUAAGUCUGCUGCUGGGGACGUGACAACCGACGCGGGCGGUAAGCCUACAGACAAGGCAAAGGUGGCCACAACGGGCGGUACUGAUCAAAGCGACCAAUCUCUGUGGGCUACUCUUAUGGCUCAGAAAAACUAG